AGAUGGGCAUCGCUGGUAAAGAUAACGGUAUGCGGGCCCUCAUUCUCGUCGGUGGCUAUGGGACACGUCUGCGGCCACUGACCCUCAGCACGCCGAAACCCCUCGUAGAGUUUGCCAACAAACCGAUCCUUCUGCACCAGAUCGAAGCCCUCGUCGAGGCGGGUGUAACGCAGGUCAUACUGGCCGUUUCGUACCGUGCCGAACAGAUGGAAGCGGAACUGUCCGCCCAGGUCGAGCGGCUCGGUGUGAAGCUUAUCUUUUCCCACGAAACAGAACCACUCGGCACGGCGGGACCGCUGGCUCUGGCUAAGUCCAUCCUGGCGGAAAGCAUGGAACCAUUUUUCGUACUAAACUCGGACAUAAUUUGUGACUUUCCGUUCAAAGAGCUGGAACAAUUUCAUCGGCGGCAUGGGCGGGAGGGCACGAUCGUGGUGACGCGUGUCGAGGAACCGUCCAAGUACGGUGUCGUGCUGUACGCGGAAGAUGGCUGCAUUAAGAGCUUCAUCGAGAAGCCGCAGGAAUUUGUGAGCAACAAAAUCAACGCCGGCAUGUACGUGCUGAAUCCCUCCGUUCUGUCCCGGAUCGAGCUAAAGCCGACGUCUAUCGAGAAGGAAAUUUUCCCGGUCAUGUCGCACGAGAAGGAACUGUACGCGUUCGAGCUGAACGGGUUCUGGAUGGACAUUGGGCAACCGCGUGACUUCCUGACGGGGAUGUGUCUGUAUCUGACCUCACUGCGACAACGGCAACCGGAACGGCUUUACAGCGGACCGGCCGGAUUCGUGGGGAACGUGCUGGUCGAUCCGACGGCCAAGAUUGGGGCCGGUUGCCGGAUCGGACCGAACGUUACGAUCGGUCCGAAUGUGGUGAUCGAGGACGGUGUAUGUAUUAAGCGUUGCACAAUCCUGAAGGAUGCCAUCAUCAAAUCGCACUCGUGGCUGGACAGUUGCAUUAUCGGCUGGCGGUGUGUCGUUGGACGAUGGGUGCGGCUGGAAGGGACCACCGUGCUGGGGGAGGAUGUGAUCGUUAAGGACGAAAUCUACAUCAACGGCGGGCAGGUGUUACCGCACAAAAGCAUUGCGCUGAGCGUUCCGGAACCACAGAUCAUUAUGUAGAC